GUUGUAGUAGUUGUAGUAGUUUGUUAUUGUGUAUAUUGCUGACACUUCCCUUCUCUUCUACUCAGCGGUUGCUCCAGAAGUCCCAUCUGCACACAGUGUUUGAGAGCUGCAGUCCUGCUGCCAGGACUCUGCUGGGCCGCACACUGAACAGGAAGUUCCUCUGGGUGAACGCUGUGGCCGUCAGACACAACAGCUCACAGGUCCCGCCCGAGGAUGUAACCACGGCGACUUCUGAAGUUCUUCCUGUCCUGCAGUCCUACCCCACACAACCAAUCACAGAACAGAUCCUGGUUGAAACUGUUUCCACGGCGGCACCAUUAGUCAACACAUCUCCUCCUCCAGUGUUGGAUUCCUCCUCUGAGCUUCUGUCCGCUGACUCUGCCGUUGUUUUAUCGCAGUCGUUCACCGAGCAGCUGGCUGAUGUCGCGCCGACUGCAGCUGAGGUCCUGCAGGCGGUGGCGGCAGAACCCAGAUUAGUGGAGCUGGGAUUGGGCUCCUACACCCCGGUGGGGCUGGUCCAGAACCUGCUAGAGUUUGCUCACAUGGAUGUCGGUUUGCCCUGGUGGGGGGCCAUCGUCGUAGGAACGGUGUUUGCUCGUCUGGCCGUGUUCCCGGUCAUCGUGAAGGGCCAGAGGGAGGCGGCCAAGCUGAGCAAUGUUCUGCCCGAGCUGACCAAACUGAAUACCAGGAUGAGCGAGGCUAAAAACAGUGGAAACAAAUUUGACUUUGCCAAGGCCUACUCUGACCUGAACUUGUUCCAGAAGAAGCACGAUGUCAACCCUCUCCGCGGAUUCCUGGUACCUUUGAUUCAGGCCCCAGUCUUCAUUUCCUUCUUCAUCGCGCUGAGGAAGAUGGCCGAACUGCCGGUGCCCAGCAUGCAGAGCGGAGGCCUGCUCUGGUUCCCCGACCUGACGGCAGCAGACCCUUUUUACAUCCUCCCUGUAGUCGUCACAGGAACCAUGUUCUUCAUCCUGGAGUUUGGGGCUGAGUCUGGUGUCGACAACCCCAACCUGAGAACCAUGAAGACUGUGUUCAGGAUCAUGCCUUUUGUCAUCCUUCCUUUCACGAUCAACUUCCCCACGGCGGUGUUCACCUACUGGCUGACCUCCAACUGCUUCUCCCUGUGUCAAGUCGUCCUGCUCAGACACCCAUUGGUCAGAGAGAAGUUAAUGAUCCCGGCAAGGAUCGAGCACCCAACCUCAGCCGUGCCCCAAAAUGAGGGUUUAAUCGCAAGCCUCAAGAAGGGCUGGAAUAACGCUCAACUGGCCCAGCAGCUUUCAGAAAGGGAAAGAAGAAUCAAUAAUCAUCUGGAGAUCGCUUCUAAAGGUCCACUGAGGCAGACUUUUAACCACAAUCCCCUGCAGCAGCCGACCCCCCGCAUAGCCGCAGAAUCAGCUAAAGCAAAGCCAGCUGGCAAGGCGGAAAAGCCAUGGAAGGACACUAUUGAAUAGACAGACUGAUUAUGACUUUUGUAAAUAUUUAUGGAUGGAUAAGAGGACAGUUUGGGAGGAAAGGGUUGUCAUUAUGUAUUAUUCUAAUUAAAAUGUCAAAUCUGCCUCAAAACAA